GUCCGGCAAACUACAUCAGGUACAUGGCUACCAGCGUCCUCGGCAAGGUUCUCUCAGGAGCAGCUCCAGCAGAAGCAUGCCCAGGAGCAGCUCCAGGGCGCCGCGGCAACUACGGCCGCAACCACAUCGGCAACACCAUGCACACCGCCGUGCCGCCCCCAGCCGUGUUCUCCAUCAACGGUGCCGCCAGCACAGCGCACACCAGCCGCACCAGCGUGUUCGACGACUCCAGUGGCACCGAUACCUAUGACAGGGCAUCCGACCCCAAUGGUGGCACCGGUUCCUGUUCCAAUGCCGCCCACCAAGGAACAGGAGGUCUCACCUGGAGAGGUCAAAACAGAGGCGACAUCAAGUACGAGAAGCAGGACUCACCGAAUUCCAUUGCACCAGAACUGCUGGCCCCCAUCGAGCCGUUCGUCUUUGGCAAUAUCCAGGAGCACCCGAACGUACAGCAGCCAGUGCACAGUGUCAUCAUGCCGUCUACACAGCCGAUGGAAGCAACUGCGCAGCCCAAGGACGAACCGACUGCACCGAUCCCAGUGCCGUCGCAGAGCCCCAUGUCGAGGACGCAGAUCAACCAGGUUGCCCAGCAGAUCGACGAGGCAGUCAUCGAGGCCGAAAUCCAGGAGAUCGAACAGGCGUGCGGACAGGAACCAGACAUGCCAGAGGCGGCGACCGGCCCAUCAGCUGCCUGGGACGAGCGCAGUCCUCCCCGCAAGGAGGCGCGCUCGGAGAAAG